AAGUCAUCAACGAGACUUAUCUUUACAGCUGAUGACUUAACUGAGAAACCAGAAUUGUUAUUAUUAGAUUCGCCCCUCUCUGGAAGGUGACACCAUUUCCUUCACAGAACUGAUUGAUGACUGUUGCUUAUUCAGUUUCCUCCUUUUGUGUCGUAACAUCAAUUAUCUUUGCUAUAUAAAAUCUUGACAAAAAGCAUCAUGGCGUUCACAAUGAUGUAUCCAUUCCUUGUGUCUGAUAUCUACGCAUCUCCUUCUUUCAGCGGAAAACUGCCCUACAUUCUCGAUAUGUCAGAUUUCUUCUCCGACCAGGCCAAACGGGCCCUCGAAGGAGACGACGAGAUGGCCCACCAUCUCUUUAGCGAUAUAGCAUCUUCAACUACGUGCCAACAACCUCACACAACGGUCCUAACAACAGGCUACACAUUGAACGUGCCGGCUGCUGCCGCUGCUCCGGGAUACUACGGGCAUGGGUACUAUCACAGUAACCAUCCCCAAUACACGGAGGACGGAGCAUACGGCGCAGCGAACACUACAUCAAUGAUGGGUUAUCAACCCCACCACAAUGGUCCCGUCUCUGGUCCGGCGAUGGGCCAAGGAUAUGCCACCAGCGAGUCACCAGUGGGAUACUCAUCGCCCAUGUCUCAAAUCACGUCUCCAAUAGCUUCUACUUCGCCUUCUUCUUAUCACGCACACCAUCGUCACCAUCAGCGGCGACAAUCUUCGCGGGCUUUGACGCAUCGAUCUGAAUCGCCCGAUGCGGGCGAUCUGGCCGACUACGGGGUUCGCAACCCCGAUGGCACGUGGCGUUGUGCCCAUCCCGGCUGCUCGUCAAAAACGGUAUUCACGCGUGCCUGUGAUUUGAGGAAGCACUAUAAUCGACAUAAAAAAUACCUCUUUUGUCGAUUCGAGGGUUGCCCCCAAGCUACCGAUGGUGGAUUUUCUAGCAAAAAGGACCGAGCCCGGCACGAAGCUAAACACAACCCACAGAUUACAUGCGAAUGGAAUGGGUGUGACCGCGUGUUCAGCCGGGUCGACAAUAUGAAAGACCAUGUACGGCGGAUUCACCACCGGGGGAGUCGAUGAUGAUGAUGGCAUCGAUGGAUAGGAUCUGAUUUGACGACUCGUGUUUUUUGAGAGAGCAUUGCUUGGAGUUCAUCUGUUGCAUUUCGCUAGCACCACUCUUUGUUGCUAUUCGCACAAUACCAUCCUGCUAUGUAUUAUUAGUUACCAUAUUAUUAUUAUUAUUUUCCGGGAGAAUUGAACACGCUUAUUGAUUGAUUGACGGACUUACUGAUGCUCUUGUAACCUGUUUAGCGUCUGAGACAGCGGUUUCAAAAGCACCCCACAGUUAUAACACCAUCAUGAGAGACAGUAAUCUACGAGGUGUUCAGCCUUCUGACCAUUAUUGGGAACAUCACAGAUUCCUGGCCUGCGG